AUGGCUCUGGCCGCGUUGCCGCUGCUGCAGCAGACUUUCAGCGAUAAUCACGUUGUAUCUAAUUUAUGCACACUCUCGUCAACACCCCCACUUGACGACAAUGGUACGCCCCCCCCCCUCCCUGCGCCGUCAAAUCGAAUCUGCUCAUUUCAAGGGCAGUUAGUAGUGCGUCCAUCCUGUCUUGUGAGUACGACCGUGAACAUGCUUUGCAGAGUUGGUCAAAUACGCAGGUGCGCGGCCAGCCUCAGCCAAACUCUGAACCAGGUAGCCGCAGCGAGGCAGAAGCACACGCUGCCUGACCUGACAUACGACUAUGGUGCCCUGGAGCCCCACAUCAGUGCAGAAAUAAUGCAGCUGCACCACAGCAAGCACCAUGCCACAUACGUUAACAACCUCAACAUUACAGAGGAGAAAUAUCAAGAGACACUAGCAAAGGGAGAUGUGACAGCACAGGUUGCCCUCCAGCCUGCUCUUAAGUUUAAUGGAGGAGGCCACAUUAAUCACACUGUUUUCUGGACAAACCUCUCUCCAAAUGGUGGAGGAGAGCCACAGGGGGAGCUGAUGGAAGCCAUCAAGCGGGACUUUGGCUCCUUCCAGAAGAUGAAAGAGAAGAUGUCUGCUGCUGCUGUAGCGGUGCAGGGCUCAGGCUGGAGCUGGCUGGGCUAUGAAAAGGAGAGUGGAAGACUUCGCAUCGCUGCUUGUGCUAAUCAGGAUCCUCUGCAGGGGACAACAGGUCUCAUUCCUCUACUUGGUAUUGACGUAUGGGAGCAUGCCUACUACCUUCAGUACAAAAAUGUGCGGCCGGACUAUGUUAAGGCUAUCUGGAAUGUAAUCAACUGGGAGAACGUGACCGAGCGUCUUCAGACUGCCAAAAAGUAGAACAUCCCCCAACAACCCCUCGCAUCCUGACCUGGACCUGGAUCAAAGAGUCGUUUGCAAAUAAUUCUUCGUUUUACAUUGCACGGAGUGUCACUGGUGGUGUUUUUGUUUUGUUUUUUUUAGACCUCCAGAUGGUCAGUUACAUUGAAGUUGAUCAAACUGACUAUGAAAUACUUGUUGUAUUGGUGCAGAUUAUAUUGUCUUUAUGUGAAACAUAUGCAAGUUGAAACAAACUUAUUUGCAAGUGCUUUUUUUAAUCCCAGGUCUGCUUUCAAGCACCAGACUUUUUUCCAAGCGCACAAAAAUAGCCCCCUUUCCCAUCAAGGCUGGCUUUUGUCAAUCACACCCAAAUACUGGCUGCCAUACUAGUUGUCAGAUAACCAUAGUGCGUAUUAUUCAGUAAUUACUCACUUAAAUCAGACGAUGUCAUUGCAGUCUAUAUGUGAAUAUAUUAUAAUAAAAUGAUAGGAUAUCAGUUGCA